AGCGCACACUCAAGAACUUAAGAUCAUCUAUGACAAUUGACACAUGUCAAUCUUUGGGAUUGUAUUAUUUUUCAAUGAAAUUUAAAUGUGUUUAUUUUAGAUAUUGUUUUAAAUUACUGGUAAAUUACACGGAGCAUGAGCGAGGGCGGAGUGGGUGUGGACCAGUGGAGGAGCUGCUACAGGCCCGACCUGUGCUACUCGCUGCUCAGAUUGCUCAGGAUCGCUAGAACCCCUUAACGUCGCCGUCGCCAUCCGCACACCGAGUGUUGUGUUGAGUGUGCAUGGAGCGAGAUGGAAGCAGUGCGUGGCGUGCCCGUGCUCACUGUGCUCACCGACACUCACACGACGCUACUACAGACCGUCCUGUGUGCUCAGCCACAAGCAGCGGCUGAGACGCAGCCUGCACCGGUCCCGAGCCGGCCCGCCAGCGUCGGCGCCGGUACCAGCACGCAGUGUGCGGGGAGGCGGCACCCGCCCAGCGCCGCCAGCCACAGCGCGCCGCGGCCGGGUGCUGGCUGCGAGCCCACCCCGCGGAAACGAACUCGAUGCGUACUCGAGGGAGCCCAGCACGAGAGCGAUGAGUUCGCGCGGACGCUGCGCCGGUACCCCGCGCCCCCCGCGUCCCCCGCACCCCCGCGCCGGUCCGCCUCCGCCGAGCUGCUGCAGAGGCUGGUCGACUACACCGCGCGCACCAGCUUGACUGCGAGCUAUGAUUCGAAACAUAUUCGUUUUCUAAAACAAAAUGAUCAGAACAGAGGGAGACACGCGCGGCCGAGCAGCGACACGCAGACCCCCGCGCGACCCCCGCGGGGUUCGCGCAGUCACUCGCCCGGGGACCGCAGCACGCACCGCCCCAGUUGUGUGUGUAGAGGGCGAUGGUCGGGGUCCGCGCGGGGGGCGGAGGUGCGGUACCUGCGGGAGGUGACCCGCUGCCUGCGCGACGUGCUCACGGACACUCACCGCCCGCAGCACGAGUUGUGUCCGAGGAUGCAGAGUCGAUACGAGCACCACCGCAGACAUCGGCACGCGGAUGGCGCCGGCGGCCGAGAGAGCGCUGGCUCCAACAACAUUAGUAACAACUACGCCGACAACAUGGAUGCACGAGGAUCGAAAAGAGGACUGAGAGAAGUGACGCAAACGAAAAAUGACAUAUCGAAUGUAAAAAAUGGAAAAAUAUGUUGUCGUUGUAAGAAGCCGCAUCCGUGUGCCUCCAAGUGCAGACCAAGCCUCGGCCAAGACCUGGAAUAUCAGGUCACAGAACAAGUACUGAAAUGGCUCCAACACCUGCCUGUUCCCGCCGACGACACUGAAGCCAAUGCAAAGCGGAGGAAGGACGUCGCGAAACAAAUGGCCAAAAACUUGGCGCAAGCAGUCAGGGCCGGUGAUGUUGACCGCAUUAAACCAGUCAUAGUACAAUAUCUUCAAGAGAUGCCGAUAUGGUUCCCAGGAGAUGAUACAGUGAAAAAAAUGUUCACGAAUGAAAUAAUUGAUAAACUAUUAAUGCACAUGCAACGCUUAGUUUACCAUGAAACACUCAGAGGUGACAUAAAUAACUGGCUCAAAGAUUUACCUCUGGCCGGUAAAAGUGACGAUAUUUCUAAAGAAGAUGCUGUUAAUAAUAUUUUAAGAAUAAUGAAAGACGUUACACAGAAGAGUGAUAAAUCUAGCUUAAAAGGUAAAAUAGAGAGCAUUCUUAAUAAGCUACCGGUAGCUAAAGAUUUUGACAAAAAACAAAUGAUUGGCAAUAUUGCAGAUAAUUUAGUUAAUAAAUUUAUCAAUAAAGAAAGCAUAUUAUCGUCUAAUGAGAAUAAAAUUAAGGAGACAAGCACUGCAAGUAAACCUAAAGAAGAUAGCUUCACGAAACUAAUAAAGUGUUUCCCAAAACCUUUACAAGAUCUCUUAUCUAAAGAAAACUAUGAUCAUUAUGAAUUAGAAGCGACAAGAGAACAAAUAUCUAGUUAUUUAGAUUCACUUCUAGACACUAUUGAUAUCCGGCUCAAUGCACGAACCAAAGAAAAACUAACACAUCGAUUUAUGAAUAAAAUAAGAAAGCAAUGUAAACGCGACGGUGCUAAUGACGCCAUACUUGGAAAACAUAUGAAACCAGAGAAAGACUUGGAGACGGCGACAGACAGUUCAGAUGUGGCUGAUACAACAGCACAGCCGCAACAUGUUUCUGACAAAUAUAGUGCAGGUAACACCGACAGCAGUUUCCCAGCGUCCAGUUUAAGGAGACGAAUUAACAACGAUGUGUCUCAUGUGUUGGGAAGAUCCAAUGUAAUAAGCGACUACUCUGGAAGUACACUCGAGAUGAACCUGACUAACAUCAUGGCAGAUCAGAUAGUACGCGGGGCCACUCGCGGCGAGGCAGCGCGCGAGCUACACAGCUUUCUCAUUAACUGUAGCGUUCCUGCAGAGCAAGCUGAACUCAUCACGGUCGGCCUGCUGGAGAGAGCCAGGGAGAUACCGGAGAGCGAUGACAACGACGCCGACCUCACGUCGGGAGCUGCAGCGAGUGGCGCGCGCCGCUACGGAAACAAACCCAGUCAAAGGGAACGUAAAGACAGCCGCAGCGGUGUGGGCUCGAGUCCUGAUCGGAAUAUUACUGCACACAGUGCGAGCACAGUGCGAGAACAUUCGAAUGGACUUGUCGAAAGGUCAUGGCAAAAUGGUGGGAAUAAUGAAACAUUUCAGAAAACCCAGAGAUUAAACUUUCAAGCAUCAUCUCCGCGAGAAGACACACGUGCGUCUUAUGAACAACGCGAUUCAUUCUUUGGGUUGAAUGUGUCUGAUAUACAUUUAGAUGGGGUUGCGAUGUUCAAAAACAGAAAAGAGAAAAGGAAUGAACAAUUAACAAACGAACAAAAAUACACGAAGGAAUUGCACGACGUCAUAGACUCGUGGGUCAAUGACCUUCCUUUGAACCUGGAUGUGACGGGAGGACAAAAUUACAAGACUACUCUCAUUCACGAUCUGGUCGGAGAUAUUGUGGAUCGAAACAAAUAUUUGGCACUCAAUAAAAGAGCGAAAAGUUCAGAUGAAGAUGAUUUAGAGCAUCUACGUUAUCAGGUGUUCAGGUGGCUGAAUAAACUGGUCGAUGCUCGAGAGCUACCUAAUAUAAUGGCCGGGACUGACCAACUCAUUUCUCGACUCCGCCACAUAGCUGUACCGCUGUUCAAACAACCGAGCGGCGCUAGAACCCUCUCUAAGCGAACACGAGCUGAGAUCCCGCACUUUAAAGAUGUUUUGGAAGAUGAAAUCUCUGUUUGGAUGGAUGAAAUAUCUCCGAAUAUUUUGAAAACACACAACAAGAGCUCACGCGACAAUAUGGUGAGGGCUUUAGCAGAAAAAGUGAUUCAAAGCGACGGAAGCAACAUCGAUAGUGAGGUGGGUCGAUGGCUGCAGGACGUUCUCCCGGACGCUGACGCCGACGUCGUGAAGAAGAUGAGGCAGAGUCUCAGAGCGAUGCUAGAGAGUAAAGGGUUCACGGAUAAGAGUCACGUACUGCGGCAAGACACCGGACAGUUCAUUGAGGAGAAUCUGAGCGGUGCUAUCAUGGACUGGCUCAACCGGCAGCCCUUCCGUUCCCUCCGCCAACAAGACGCGCCGCUACAGGAGCACGUAGCGACGGAGCUAGCACGAGCCAUGGCACGACUGUUUGAAGAAACUGAAACAGAGCGUCAAGACUUUGACGCAAGCUUGCACUUCCUCGAAAUAAUAAGGAAACAUUUGAAACUAUUACCAAUAACUAUUGAUCAAAUGGCGAAUGAAGAAUUCUUUUCCAAAAUAUCACAAGAAUUACUGAAUCAUCUACAGGGUCUCAAACUGUUUCAGAACCUCACUAGCAGGUAUGACUAUAGUUUAAUACUCAGCUCUGGGAUCUUGAAAGAACAGGAACAUAAACUUCUACAAGGAUAUCGGACAACUAAAAAUAAUAAGAGUAUUUCAGAAGAAAAACCGUAUGAAACUAACAGUAACAGUAUAAAAAUGACUUCUCCGCUAAAAGCAAGCAUCGGUGAACAACACGAUUCAGUAGGAUCAGGUUUUAUUAACAGAGGGGGGAUAAAGAAAACCGCGGACAUGCUCUACGACAGCAUAGUGAAGGCAUGCCGCGAUAUACCCGCUCAUGAAGUUCCAACAGAAACUAAACAGGAAAUCGCGAACAGACUCAUUAAUAAAGUAGGUGAUCUCAACAUGCAGCCGGAGAUAUUUAAUGAUGACGUUUUGUAUAGAGAACUUCUCACGGAAGAGUUGGAGGAUGUUUUGGAGGAGCUACAGGUAAAAAGUAGUUUAAAUAAUUUCAAACAAAAUGUCCUCGGGAAAAUAAAUGAAACCCGAAACCAAAUUUUAAAUUCCAUGUCUGGUCAAACUUACAGACUUAACCUUAAGCACAUAUUAAGUACAAGUUUACCGUCCACUAACGAGAUGAGUCACGAUGAGCGCGCGCUCUUCGAAUUGCUGCAGGACGAUCUAGUGGACGCGUUCGUCAAUGUUCGUUGUGCGAGCGGAAACGAACAACUCAGGAAAAAAUACAAGAAAGACCUCACUGAGAAAGUCACCAAGUUUUGUAACGAUUAUCUGAGUAAGUUUCCAGCUUCGCCGAUUGGUAGCGACAGGUUGAAUGAGGAUUUGUACAAUGCAUUAAAGUCGGUCGCGUUACCUGAAGCAGGCGCGCUGAAAAAUGAAGCAGAACAAACAGUUAUCAAAGAGAAGUUAAAGGGGUGGAUCUCGGAACUACCCCUCGAACAGCAAACACCUGAACGUCAGUUACGGACAAACAAAAUUAUUAACAUUUUGGCCAAAAAUCUACACGAUAUUGAAGGCAACAAACCUCAGCUCACAGAUACAGAAACUGAACAAAUUACAAAAUUAGAAGUUAUGAAAUGGCUAAAGAAACUGCCGAUGAAACCUGAUCGAGACAAAGACAUAGAGGAUUUUACAAACAGGCUGAUCGAUAAACUGAAAUCGAACAAACCCUCCCGGAGUUCGGGUCCAGCAGCUGAACUGUCCGCAGAUGACGAGUGGACAGACGUAUCUAGUUCGGCCAGACAGGACUCCUCUACGCAAACUUCUCGAGCGCUGAGACCAGCCGCAACAGCUAGCACAUCUGUACAACUUCCCAAUACACUUACGCAAGAAGAUCAAGCUCAUCUCAGUAGAAUAAGAGAAAGAAGUAAACAUUUGAAGUCUUUACACCUCAAAGACGCUGUAGUCAGCGCUGGGGCUCCUGAGGAGGAAAGUCAGGCUAGUGUAGUGCCAAAGAAUACUCAGCGAAUUGAGAAUGAAGCACAACCUUCAACUGAAAAUGAAGAUAAACAAAAUUCUAAGACGAUGGAUGAGCAAUCCCUCACCGGGCGAGAUUCCCAAAUCUCCCAAUAUUCCAAACACCUUAUAGAUCAGAUCACGGAGGUUCCUCAUAUCGCCGGGAACGGUUACGGGGAAUCCGUGCACAAGGAUGCUUCUUCUGUGGGAAUAUCUCAAAAUAAUGAAGGUACGAAUGAUUCUAAGAUUAAUAAGCCAAAAUGUAAAAACUGCGGUCAAUAUCAGAGAGCGUUUGAGAUAGAAAAUCGUUGUCACCGACCGAGUUACAACGAAGAUAAUGGAAGACGGGGUUGUGGUGUAGCGCCUGGCGUCAGGAGACGGGAAUGGCUACAGGGCACGGAGGGUUCCUGUGAGAGUGGCAGGCGUCGGGUCCUGCCUUCAGCUGAGGUAAGCGGCCGGGGCUGGGAGGCUCAGCACUCGCUGAGGAGAUGUCCCAAGUGCUGCGGAACGCGCUGCCCUCACCCUGCUUACUUGUACUUCAGAUGAUUGUUGUUGCUGUCUUGUAAUAAAUAAUGUUUCUGGUGA